AUGACUAAAGAUAAUGAAGCUCAACCAUUGUUGAAUAAACAAUUGAGAAAGUCAAAAACCACUGAUUAUACGAUAUCUCCAAUUCCUCAUCAACGGACUGUUCAAUACCCAACUCAAACUAUAAACACAUCAACUACUCCAACUACAACAACUACUUUCACUUCAACCCCCACUUCUACAACUAUUACAUCUGCUCCAGCAAAUAGCAAUAUAAUUCGUCCACAAGUCACCGGCCCAGGUUCAACUAAUUUAUCAGAAUAUACUGAAUUUGACGAUUAUGUCAUGAAUUCAAAACGUCAUUAUUCUUUUAGUGCAAAUGAAUAUUCCAGUAGACAACAGCAACUGGAAAAACCAUUGUUUCAUAGAUUAUUAUCAAGUCAUCAUUCAGUUACAAAUCCAAAUUCACCAUUUGAAAAUUAUUUAAAUGGUAAUAUUAGUAGUUCACAAAUUAAUACCCCGUUAUUUCCUCAAAAAACCGGUGGUGAAAGAAGUAGUAUCGGUUCUUUAAUUGAUGUACCUGGGGAAUAUCGUAGAUUAAGUGUGGUUGAUAUUGUCGGUAGUUUAAGACCCGCUAGAUUAUUAGGUACUGUUCCUCCUUUAUGUAAUUGGAAUGAUUAUUUCAAUCCAAAUAUUGAAAAUUAUAAAAGUAAAGAUGUUAGGAAAUAUUAUCAAGAACAAAACUAUUUAAUUGAACGAUUCACUGAAAUUGAUAAUUUCUUAGAUGCUGGUAAAAUCCAUUAUAAUGUAUUGAGUAACUAUAGUAAUACUCAUAAUGGAACUACAACUAGUACUAAUACUACUAAUACUAAUACUACCAACAAUUGUAACAAUACUGAACUGUUGGAGAAUAUUACUGAAGAGCUGGGGGAUAGUUCAAAUAGUUUAUCGAGAUCCCAUCAUGAUGCAGAAACAAAUUUUCAAGCAACUGAUUUAGAGAGAAAUGAUUCAAAUUCAAAAUACUCCAAUAGAUUUAAUGAUGUUCCUGGAAAUGUCAAUAAUGAUGGUUCAAGAUAUCUUGGAUAUAAUGAAGAAGAAAAUAAUGCUCAAGUAUUGACAGCUAUUUUAGUUAAUUUUUUAAUUAAUAUUUUAUUAUUAAUUGGUAAAAUUGUUGUUACUUUAUUAACUAAUUCAAUGUCUGUUAUUGCUUCAUUGGUUGAUUCUAUAUUAGAUUUCAUGUCCACUUUUAUUAUUUAUAUUGUAAACAGAUUAGCUGCCAAAAACAAUUGGAAAAUUCAACAUGCUUAUCCAAUAGGAAGAUCAAGAUUAGAACCAUUAGGAGUAUUGAUAUUUUCAAUUCUUAUUAUAAUUUCAUUUUUUCAAGUUGGUCAAGAAUCUUUUAAAAGAUUAUUCUUUCCUUCUCCAAAUCAAAAAAUCCCUGUUACCAUUGGUUUUGAUGCUAUUGGUAUAAUGACAAUAACAAUAGUUGCAAAAUUAGGUUGUUGGGUUUGGUGUGCUAGUAGUAAAUCAUCGUCUGUUCAAGCAUUAGCUCAAGAUGCAAUGACUGAUGUUAUAUUUAAUACUGUUUCUUUAUUGAUGCCAACAUUGGGUCAUUUUUUCAAUAUUUGGUGGUUUGAUCCAUUAGGUGCAUUUUUAUUAUCAAUUUAUAUUAUUGUUAAUUGGGGUAUUACUGCUUUUGAACAUAUUAAUAAUUUAACUGGUGCUGCUGCUGAUCCUUUGGAUUAUAAAGUUAUAUUAUAUCUUGCUUAUAGAUUUGCUGAACCUAUAAAACAAAUCACUGCACUUAAAGUCUAUCAUGUUGGUGAUAAUUUAAAUGUUGAAAUUGAUUUGGUUUUCGCUAAUGAUAAAUUUAAUUUAUCAUUUAAAGAUUGUCAUGAUAUUGCUGAAGCUUUACAAUAUUCAAUUGAAAGUUUACCAAUGGUUGAAAGAGCUUUUGUUCAUAUUGAUUAUAUGGAAGGUAACUAUAAAGGUCAUUUAAAAUAA